CAUACACACACCUUGUGGUAGCUAGCUAGCUCUGGUUCAUCGCUAAGCUCUAAGCGUGCUCUCUUGUGACAUCGAACAGUUGACCGGCAAUGGACGGCCGGGAUGAAUACUUCUGCGACUUCAUGGAGCUGAAGCCGCACAAGGGCGGCGUCCGCAGCCUCCUCCACCUUCUGUGCUGCAGCGACAUCACCGAGAACGACGUUGUCAAAUGUCCCCCUGGCACGACCGAAGAUCGGCCGUCGAAGUCGAACAGGUGGGUCAUCUUCGUCUCCGUCGUGGCGCAGAUGCUGCUGCUGUGGGUGAAGACGCCUUUGGCCAAGCUCGGGGAGGCCGUCGAGUACUGGAUGAACUUCUUCACGGUCAACGGCGGCGGGGUGCUCAAGCUUAUCAGGAACGCCAUGGAAGGCAAAGUACGAAUUCCAGACAGAGAAUCUCCCAACUACCGAUCGCUCAUCGGGCUUCUGGACACGAGAAUCGAGCUGGACGAGAAGAUCAAGCCAGAGCAUAGCAACUACCACGCUGCGCUCGGCAUCAUGGCCUCCAAAAUUGCCUACGAGAACGAGGUCGUCAUCAAGACCGUGGUCGAAAACCAUUGGCAGAUGAAAUUUCUCGAGUUCUUCAACUGCUAUAAUGAAUUCCGAGGCGGACACACGACCCAAGCCUUCAUGCUCGCUGACAAGGCGGUGGACGCCAACCUGGUCGUGGUGGCGUUCCGCGGCACGUCGCCAUUCGACGCGGAUGACUGGAGCACGGACGUGGACCUCUCCUGGUACGAGAUCCCGGAGGUGGGCAGGGCACACGGCGGCUUCAUGAAGGCGCUCGGGCUGCAGCCGAAGGGCUGGCCGGCGAAGAUCGACGCGAGCAAGGAGCGGCCGUUCGCCUACUACGCCAUCCGAGACGCGCUCAAGAAGGUCCUGGGGGCCAACCCGCGUGCCAAGUUCCUGGUCACGGGCCACAGCCUCGGCGGCGCGCUGGCGGUGCUGUUCCCGGCCAUCCUCGCCCUGCCAGGCCAGCAAGACGAGAGCGACGACCUGCUGGCCAGGCUUCACGGCGUGUACACGUACGGGCAGCCCCGCGUCGGGGACCAGCGGUUCGGGGAGUUCGUGGAGCGGCUCCUGGACACGCCGGGGGCGAGGAGGAGGUACUUCCGGUUCGUGUACUCCAACGACGUGGUGCCGCGGGUGCCGUACGACGGCGGCGCGCACCUGUUCAAGCACUUCGGGCAGUGCGUCUACGUGGACGCGUUGUACAGGGCGCAGGGCAUGAAGGAAGAGCCGAACAAGAACUACUUCUCGCCGGCGUUCCUGGUGCCCAAGUACGCGAACGCGGCGUGGGAGCUCGUGAGGGGGCUCGUGAUCGGGCAGGUUGCAGGGUCGGAGUACGUGGAGGGGUGGGUGAUGAGGAUCUCCCGGGCGCUGGGGCUGCUGAUCCCCGGCCUGCCGCCGCACUCGCCGCAGGACUACGUGAACGCUACCAGGCUCGGGGCCGCGUCGCUCGACCUGCUUCUCCGUGACCAUUGAUUUGUUCUUUAGAGGGCGUAGCCAUUAAUUUGUUGCUUCUCCGGGUUUUAGCUUUCAGCCCUUGUAAAAUCCAUCAGCUCUACAAUUUUGCCCGGAAAAGAGGAAGCAUCAAUUUCUCC